UUUCCUCGACAACAACAUAUUCGAUGGCCAAAUCCAUCUCAAUUUGGGGACCUCACCUGCUUCCGUGAUCGUGAUCGUGAUCGUGAUCGUGAUCGUGAUCGAUUCAGCGAACAAUGUCAGUGGUGACAUCCCAACUAGUUUUGGCUACAUGGGUCCAGAAUUUGUUCCUCAAUAACCAGUUAACGGGUUGUGUUCUGAAGGGGUUGGGAUGUUGAUGCAGAUGCAAGUUCUGGAUGUGAGCUUCAACUCAUUGAUGGGUCAUUUGCCGGACUCCAUUUCUUGUUCUGGUCACAACAAGCUUUCUGGUGUUCUGCCUGAUCUGGUUUCCAGUGGGAACCCUUAUCCGUCUGAAGUGUUAGCUACUUCCAUGUCUGCCCCAUCGCCAUGAACAAGAUUAAUAGAGAGAGAAAGUAACAUUGGGAUGAACUGAGAGAGAUAAAUCAGGAAGAAAGAAGAAGCGAAAGGAGGAAGAAAAGAUUUUGCAGAGAGGGUUUCACCGCUGAAUAGAGCCGAAGAAAAAAGGAAGGGUUUCGACCCGAAAACCACAAAAUGGAGACCUAAAUCCACAAAGCUUUGUGAGCCGUUGGAUCGCGUUCAGUCACGUGUCAGCAGCCUAAGGGCUCUACGCCGGUCUCCGCCACAGAUCGUCUCCACAGACUAUGUUUUCCCAGUCCUCCAUUACCCUCAUACCGUCUAGAGAUCUUUAUGUACAGCAGAGGUAGUCGGUGGUCCGUAGUCCAUUACCCCCAAGGGGCUCUGCGCCCCCGUCGAUCUGUCUCUCAUUCAACUGCGAUUCCCUGAUUCUCGCAGUCACGGAUUCAGAUCUUCUGAUUGGAGUUCUUAGUCCAAACUCAUAAAUCAGUUCCUUUUCCUAAUCUCGAUUUCAUUUGGCGUAUUAUUUGUUUCUGAUUCAUCAAACUCUCGAAGGUAGAAGUCAUUAUUUUCAUAGUUUCGAUCAUAGGGUCAUGAACAUUAUCUGAGUAACACAAUCACUUCGUCCCCAUAACGAUCGAAGAGUCUUAGAUAAUGGCAGGAAUAGCUAUUUUGUUGGAUAUUCUGAGGAAAAAUCCGUCUGUUUCGACCACAACUCUGCAUUCUUAUGGCUUAUUUUCCGCUUCUGUUGCUGCUUCGGCCGCGGCCGCUUCUGUUGCAGCUGGAAGACCUUUUGCUUCUAGGUUUUUGUUCGGUGAUGGAGGGAUAUCAGUUGCUUUUUCUGAUGCUGGUGCAGAAUGGGCUGAAGAUUACAUCUCUAAAUUACGAAGUGCUUCUGGAAAUGUCUUUCAGCACGAUUCUAUCAAGUACAAUACCAAGGAAUACCCAAUAGAAUUAAAGCCUCUAUUCUCAGCUUUUGGAAUGAGGUCUUUUGCAAUGACAUCCUUGAGGUCCUUCUUAAUGUUCUAUUUGCCUCUUUUGGAGCCUCGUACGAACAUAAACGAGGACGACGAUGAUUUCUUACAGGACUCCUCAGAAGAGCAGCAUGUUGAUUAUGUUGUUCCCUUUAAAAAAUCCAUCAAGCAAAUCGUUCGUGAAACUACAGUUGUAACAACAAGGCGGGUGCUGGAAAGACUCGCUGUACAUUAUGUGUCACAGCGGAUGGCAUGGAAGCUGCUGAAAGAUGCUCCAAAAUCUGCAAAGCGCAAGGCUGGAAGGGGGAUGCCAACUUUUGUUUACUUCUACAGUGUCAGUCGAACUACUUUCAGAGGUCAUUUGCUUGGAGUUUUAGCAUCAUGGCUUGUCCAAGUAGGAAUUGAGAUAUAUCGAUGCUUCUCUCUUAUUGCCAAUGGUGGAGAGGAGAAUGAUAGUGAUAAACGGGAACAAAUUCAGGUUCUUGGGAAGAAGGUUUCAGGUGCGACUGUAAGGUGUGGUGCAUCCUUGGUCUUUGCUUCUAUUGGAGGUGGGAUUGGUGCCAUUUUCCAUCCUUCAGCAGGGCAAUGGAUUGGCUGUGCUAUUGGGGACUUAGCUGGGCCCAUAAUUGUGACAUUUUGCUUGGAGAGGACGCUUCACCUGGAGCUUUAGUACCUAUGGGAUGAGCCUAGCAUUUCUUUAUUUUUGCGCUGGAUUGAAAUUUGGACCAGUGCGCCUUAAUUGUGAUUCAGAUCUUCAGAAUGGUUACAAAAAAUUUUAACUGUUUUUAUUUCUAGAAGCAACUAUGGGGCAGAUGUUGGGAGUAGGAAAGGCACUUCCCAUUUCCAAUAGGCUGUAGGCUGUAGGCUGUAGGCUGUAGGGCUGUAGGCUGUAGGCUGAAGACACAAUUUGGGAGUGGAAUUGCAGUUGCUUUUCUUUGUUUACAGAUUAUCUCAGAAACUUGAUUGUGAGAAAUUUUGGACCUUCGAAAAUAAGUUGCUGAUAAACCGUCAGCGUGGCUCAUCA